CUGGGCAUUCUCUGUUGGAGACCCUCACCGAAAUGGUUGAAGGCAAUUGUCACUUGCAUACUCCUGUCCAUAUUGUCGAGGUCAUGGGCACCCAACAUCAUGACCUACAUACAUGCAUGUUCCCAUACCAGAGGAGUAAACCUGUUUCCAUGGCUGGUGAUGGUUGGGCUAGCAGUUCCGCCAAUGGCAAACAUGAGCCACUUAGUGUAGUCGUUGUUUAUCACGUGGAAGUGACCGUUCCUGCAUCUGCAAAUGGACCGGGUGGACGGACACGACGGGGUUUGUGCGUGUGUUUCACAAAUUUGUUUAAUUAAUUGAGAUUUGAGAUGCCAUGAUGAUCAUAUAUACUAUAUAUAUAUAUAUAAUAAGGUAGAUUCUAUGGUACCCUUAAGGUAUCAUAUCUAUGUUCACAUGGACCAAUCAAAAUGAUGUAAUUGAAUUAUUUAAAUCUAAAUUACAAAUGAUGUAAUGAUUU